AUGCGUUUUCGGAGCCCAAGGGGGAAAAUUUUUGGGAUUCCUGAUUACUUCUCGGGGGAUAGAAGCAAAUCCGGACAAGAUGCCCGAUGUGAACAAGCUUUCUUGGAUUUCAAAAACUUCUUGAGUUCACCUCCUAUCCUAACCAAACCUCAGAGCUGUGUCGAUCUCUUGUUAUACCUGGCUGUUGCUGAUAAUGCCAUCAGUGCAGCACUCAUGCAAACCGAUGGUAAGACACAAACUCCUAUUUAUUUUAUCAGUCGCGUUUUGCAACCCACUGAACAGAGAUAUCAAACUAUUGAGAAAUUGAUCCUAGCCUUAAUAACCUCGGCUCACCAACUUCGGCCAUAUUUCCAAGCUCAUCAAAUCGUGGUCAAGACCGAUCAUCCCAUUAAGCAGAUACUUCGGAAGCCCGAUCUCGUGGGUCGGAUGACAGCCUGGUCAAUUGAACUAUCUGAAUACGGAAUCAAAUAUGAAAGCCGAGGAGCGUUGAAAGCCCAAUGUCUUGCUGAUUUCGUAGCCGAGCUCACGCCUAAUAUCCCAUUGGCAGAUCAGUGUUGGAUUUUACAUGUGGAUGGCUCGUCCAACACCAAAGGCAGUGGUGCUGGGAUUAUCCUUGAAGGUCCUAAUGAUAUGAUGAUUGAACUUGCGAUUAAGUUUGACUUCCGAGCCACUAACAAUCAAGCAGAAUAUGAAGCUCUCAUUGCAGGUUUAAGGUUAGCAAAAGAUGUUGGCGUCAAGAAGCUCAGAUGUUGCAGUGAUUCCAAAUUAAUUACUGAGCAAGUCGGGGGAAGAUACCAAACAAAAGAACCACAGCUCCAAAGGUACAAUCUUAUGGUGUCCCAUUUGACCUCUUCUUUUGAACAUUUUCAGAUAGAGCAUGUUCCAAGGGCACACAAUGUCAGAGCUGAUCUACUAUCCAAAUUAGCCAGCACAAAACGUCUAGGAUUACAUAAAACGAUUAUUCAAGAGAUAAUUAACACACCAAGCUAUGAUCUUGUAGCAGUUCUGGCCAAUAAUCCUGGUCAGUCCAGUUGGAUGUCAAGUAUUUGGCAAUAUCUCACAGAUGGUACUUUACCCAGCGAUAAAGUUGAAGCUUCAAAGAUCAAAGCCAAAACUUGCCAUUUCACACUUGAAGCUGAUGAACUGUUUAAAAGAGGAUUCUCAGAACCCCUCUUGAAAUGCCUCAACUUGGAUCAAGCCGAGUAUGUGAUGGACGAGAUUCAUACACACAAAAAUGUGAAGCUUGUCAGAGAUUCGGUAACCUACAUCAGGAUUGAUUACUUCACCAAGUGGGUUGAAGCUGAACCGUUAGCGCGGAUUACAGCAGCAAAUGUGCAGCGUUUUACGUGGAAGAAAAUCAUUUGCAGGUAUGGCCUACCUCAAGCACUCACCACAGAUAAUGGCAAGCAGUUUGUAGAUAAAAAUUUUGAACAAUUCUUGGUGCAACUCGGAAUCAAGCAUAAAGUCACAUCAGUUGAACACCCGCAAACCAAUGGCCAAGCUGAGGCAGCAAAUAAAGUGAUUCUACGUGAACUCAAGAAGAGGCUAGGAUCUUCCAAAAGUGAUUGGAUUGAAGAGUUACCUAGUGUCCUAUGGGCAUAUCAUUGUACACCACAAACCACCACUCAAGAAACCCCAUAUAAGUUGCCCUAUGGGUCUGAUGCCAUGAUACCCGUAGAGGUUGGGGAACCAAGUCACCGAAGAAUGACUUUCGAUUCCACUCAGAAUAGCGAAGCCUUGCAAACUGAUCUCGACCUUGUUGACGAGAUCAGGGAGUGUGCCCGAAUUCAAGAAGAGGUGUGCAAGAUCAGAGCGGCAAGAAGAUACAACUCUAAGCUCAAACUGAGAUCCUUUCGAGAAGGAGACCUUGUUUGGAGAGCUGUGGGAGAAGCCCAGAAGGAAAUAUCUGCAGGUAAAUUUGCAGCUAAUUGGGAAGGUCCUUUCCGUAUUUCAGAAUGUUUACAAAAUGGUGCAUAUAGACUUACGGAGUUGAGUGGUAAAGUCAUCCCAAGGACUUGGAACGCCACUCAUCUGAAGUUUUACUAUAGUUGA